AGCGAGCAAGAGAGAGAGAGAGAGAGAGAGGUCCAAGGUUUGAAACAACAACGCCGCCGCCGCCACCGCCUCCUCCUCAACUAUAAACGUAAUCAAACCAACAAAGAAAGCGCACAACGCAGAAACAAAGUCUUCAAUCACAACAAGCGUACAAGAAAGCGAAAGAGAGCACAAGAGAGCGCCCACAUUUAGUUAUAUACACAGCCAGCCAGUAGAGCGCGCGCUAUACAACAAAUUACGCAUACGCCGCAUUAGCCUGCCAAAAUAUUUGAAAGUAAAUCAAAUAAUAAUAACAGACAACUGAGCGCGCCGAGCUAUAAAAUAUAUAUUCUAACCAAAAAAAAGAAAAAACUCACCUCAAUUCGGUGUUAACUGACGCAGCUGCAUGGGCCAACCAGAGCAUUGAGCAUUAUAUAUAUACAAACGCUCACACUCACACUCACACUAGUGCUGCCGCCCGCUCGCCCCCGCUCAACCCAAAAAUAGCAACAGCAACUGCAGCAGCAGUCCAUAGGCCAUAAGAAGCCUUCAAAACCACCGUGCAUUGGGGCGUGGUGCAGAGAUUUUCAAACUGUAGCCGGCUAAAUAUUCAGCUUCAAGACGUCUUGCAAACGGCUAAAAAUGGAGAAGACUCCCCGUUAUACGCAACGGGAGCGCAACAUGGUGCUCGGGUAUGCGGCCCAGUACAAGGAUGUGAUCGAGAACAAGCGCACGGAUGCGGAAUCGAAUCGCAAAAAGGACGAGGUCUGGCUGCAAAUCGCCAAGGAGUUCAAUGGCAAGGUCUAUCAUCAGCGCAGUGCCAAACAAUUGCGACAGCUGUACAAAAAUAUGAAGCUGCUGCUCAAAAAGGAUCUGUGCGGCGAUGAUAAGGGAAAUCGCAGCUUUAUGGAUCUAUUGAAUACGCUCUCGCAGCAGGACUCGGUGGCGCAAUAUAUAGCAGAGCAAAUGUCGCCCGAUGGCGCCGGCACUGGCAGCCAAGUGGCGCUCAAUGGACGCCAUUUGGGCGAUGAUGACUACGAGGACUCCAAGCCACAUGUAUACGAGGGCAUGGAUACAGACAUAAUAUUGAUCAAAUCGGAAACUAUAAGCGACAAUGAGCAGACAGAGAAUGGCAUGGAUUGCAUGGAUGAUGACGACGAUGAUGAUUGUCCCAGUCCUAAGGCACCCGAAGUGUGCCUGGAGGAGGAGGAUGAGGUGCUGUAUGCUACAGAUCGUCGCCAGCAAUCCUUGCCCAGCAUCAACAGCAGCAAUCUGGCCAGCGAUCCGCUGCCACGCGCCGCCAGCUCGCCCGUCUGCUCCAACAAAACGUCCAGCUCCAGUGGCGGCAGCUACAUGUCCAUGCCCAAGGCGGACAUAACGCUCACGACAGUGGGCAACAUACGCGUCGGUGCCUUUGCCAAUAUAAACAAAACGCUGCAGAAUGGCGCUGUAAGCAGCAGCAACAGCAACAACAACAAUAACAACAACAGCAGCAGCAGCAACAACAGCAAUGGCAGCUUAGCUAUACCGCUGACUGCGGAGCAACUGCAGCAGCAUAUGCUGCUCAAUGGCCUGGGCUUGUCGGCAGUGCAACAUGCGCCUGCAUUGCAAGCAAGCAGCAGCGGCAACAACAACAACAACAACAACAACAACAGCAGCAGCAGCAACAAUACGCGCCUGGGCACGCCCACGCUGCAGCUGCCGCGACUGCAACGUGCGCAGCAAGCGGCUGCAACAAAUGGCAGCAACAGCGCUGCAGCAGCGGUGCCAUUGCUGCUGAGCUUGCAACAAAGUCGCGACAAGCUGCAGCAGCAACAUACGCAUGCCAGCAUGCCAACAGUUAAUCUAAAUGGCUACAAUGGCUACAACAACAACAACAACAACAAUAGCAGUAACAACAAUAAUAAUAAUAACAACAACAGCAGCAGUAGCAGCAGCAGCAGUCACAACAACAGCAGCCACAACAACAACAAUCACAACAACAACAGCAGCAGCAGCUCACGUGGGCAGCAUAAUGAGUAUAUGAUGACUUUGGCUGUCGAGGAGCGCAAGCGCAAGAUUGAGCUGCUGAAUGCGCAAAUCGAGUAUUGGCAAACGUUGACCAAGAAACUGGACGCGCAAUCCGGACAUUAUCCAAAUCCAGCGUGCCUUUGUCACUUUCCCGGCAGCAAUGUGCUAAACGCAGGCGUCAAUGUCAGCGCUGCCGCCGCCUCCAAUGUCAGCGCUGUGAAUGCGAUGCAAACGCAGUCAAGCAGCAGCUAGUCCGCAGCCAGCGAUUAUGAUGACG